AUGACAGCCACCCUGGAGGUUCCAAGUCCCAGACAUGACAGCCAUGAGGGAGUUCCUCCGUCCCACAACAGUCCCCGGUCAGGAGGGGUGGAGGAGUGGGUGAGGGACAGAACCCCAGGCCAAUGUCACAACAGUGUGAGGAGAAAUGGCACCGCCCCCCACCUCCGGCCGACCAACCAGGACCCUUCGUGCCUCCUGACUUCGCCCAACACGCCCCGGAACCCGGAAGGGGGUGGGGCUGACCUGGUUGGACACGCCCCCCAGGUCAACGGCUGCAGUAAUAGGACACCUUCAAUGGACAGGAAGAAAAGCAACGGACUAGAGGGUAGUUUAUGUGAGUUCCCCUUCCCCAUGCCUCCCGAGGCCCUGCUACCCUGAUGAUGAGUGUUGUCUGGUGUUUGUAGUGGGCUGAACAAGGGACCCUACGGACUGGGCAUGGACUCAUAGACGGAC